AUGACUCGCUUUUCGUUUCUGGGUUUCACAAUUCUCUGUUUCUUCCUACCGAUUUCUGCCCAACUCCAUAACACCCAGACCUUCAUCGUCAGGAUUCAAAACGACCACAAACCAUCUGUUUUCACCGAAGUUCAACAAUGGUAUACUGCAACUCUUUCAAGUUUGAGUUCAACAAACAGAGAUUUCCUCCAUGUCUACAAGACUGUUUUCCAUGGCUUUUCAGCUUCACUCACUCCUCAAGAAGCUCAACAACUUGAAUCGCAGCCAGGAGUCAUGGCUGUUUUACCCGACCAAAUCCGCCGCCUUCAUACCACCCGAUCGGUUCAGUUUCUAGGGCUUGUUAAUGAUCAACCUAAUGACCUUUUAAAGGAAUCUGAUUAUGGUUCUAAUGUUAUUAUUGGCGUUCUGGAUACUGGUAUCUCACCAGAAUCAUCAAGCUUCCAUGAUCAAGAUCUUGGUCCAGUUCCUUCGGGUUGGAAAGGAGAGUGCAUCGAAGGCGAGCAGUUCGCCGGAAAUCUCUGUAACAAGAAGAUGAUCGGAGCCCGAUAUUUUACGGCUGGGUACGAAGCAGCUAUCGUCAACGGCAAAUCCAACGGCUCCGCGAUUGUUAGAUCGUGUAGAGACACCGAUGGCCAUGGAACCCACACCGCAUCGACUGCAGCCGGAAGGCUGGUUGCCAAUGCAUCGAUGUUUGGGUUUGCGGAAGGUUCGGCUGUCGGAGUGGCACCGAAAGCUAGAAUUGCUGUGUAUAAAAUAUGUUGGGGGGAAGAAUGUCGGGAGUCGGACAUACUCGCCGGAAUAGAUAAGGCAGUCGAAGAUGGUGUUAACGUUAUUUCCAUCUCGAUUGGCGGCACUAGUAGUCGGUCGUAUGAUCUUGAUCCGAUUGCGAUAGGAGCUUUUGGUGCAAUGGCAAGAGGUGUUCUUGUUUCAGCUUCGGCUGGUAAUGGCGGUCCGGAGUUAGAAACAGUGACGAACACCGCUCCGUGGAUCACAACGGUUGGUGCAAGCACCAUCGACAGGCGGUUUCCGGCGGAUCUUAUCUUGGGAGACGGCACGGUAAUCACAGGGGCGUCCGUUUCUAACGCCCCCAUAGUCCCAUCGUCCAAAUUCUUUCCGUUAAUUCAUGGCAGGAACGCAUCACAGGGGCGAUUCGCCAAUUCAAAUGCCGCUGUUUGCAUGCCGGAAUCAUUACACAAAGAUCUGGUUCGUGGGAAGAUCAUAAUUUGUGAUCGUGGCGGCAAUGCUCGUGUCAAGAAAGGCGAAGUGGUCAAGAACGCUGGCGGCAUCGCGGUGAUCGUCGCCAAUGUGGCACCUCAAGGCGAAGGACUUGUAUCCGACUCGUAUACAAUUCCCGGCAUGCUGAUAACGGAGUCUGCUAGUAAAAAGCUUCUUGGUUAUCUAAACUCUACGAGAAAUCCCGUGGCCAAGAUGAUCAUUCACGGGACUCGAUUAGGGGUCAAGCCCGCACCAGUCGUUGCAUCCUUUUCAUCAAGAGGCCCAAGUCUUGAUUCGGUUUACGUACUCAAGCCUGAUCUAAUAGCACCAGGUGUUGACAUCCUAGCAGCAUGGCCCAACAACGUGCCACCUAGCGAACAACCAUCGGACCUUCGACGGACAAGAUUCAACAUACUAUCCGGCUCUUCCAUGUCAUGUCCACAUGUAUCCGGUUUGGCUGCAUUACUAAAAGGGGCCCACCCCGAUUGGACUCCAGCCAUGAUCAGAUCAGCAAUGAUGACCACUGCCUACAAUGACGACACAGAAGGUAAGCCAUUGCUAGACGAACAAUCAUACAACGACUCUACCGUGUGGAGCAGGGGUGCAGGCCACAUAGACGCCGGAAAAGCCGUUGAUCCUGGAUUAGUAUACGAUAUAACAGCAAACGAUUACCUCCAAUUCUUGUGUGCAAUGAACUAUUCAACCCAACCUUUUCAACAACUUGCCCCAGAACCACUUACGUGCAACCGGAAGCAAAAUAAGCCAUGGAACAUCAAUUACCCAUCGAUAUCGAUCUUUUAUGGUGAACCAAGGGGAUUAUCAGAGCCAGAAGUAGUAGUCACAAGAACAGUAACACAUGUAAGCGAAGGUGCAUCAAACUACCAUGUCAUUUUGACCAGCCCCAAAGGUGCGAAUAUAACAGUAGAGCCACAGACGAUGAGUUUUAGUGAAAAAGGCGAAAAACGGACUUUUAAAGUUACGAUUGUGUCUGAAACGGUAACAGGAUCAUGGGGGAGUAUGGAGACACGAUCGGGUAAAUUGGUUUGGACCGAUGGGAAGCAUCGUGUCGUGUCGCCCAUAGUUGUUAUGUGGCAACAUUUGUUCUAA